AUGAACACUAUUAUAAGCGAGCUUAGUAUGAAUGAUUUAAAUAAUAAAUUUUUCGAAAUAAUGCAAAGCGAAAGCAACGCAGAGGAGGCAGCCAAUUUUAUUUUCGACAGUAUUUUUGAUGAUGUUACCGUGGGUUUCCUCUUUGAAUUUCAUCACGGUUUGAAGACCGGCUUGACUGACUUAAUAGAAGGUGAAAAGGAAGAUGACGAUGUUUACAAAAUAGUGAAUACACCGGAAUGUGAUGUUUUUGGUUUUUCGAUAAUGAAGAAAACUCCUGAUAGCAACUGUUCCUGUCCCAACUGUGACCGGCCAGUGUCUGCUACGAGGUUUGCGCCUCAUUUGGAGAAAUGUAUGGGUAUGGGCCGCAACAGUUCACGCAUUGCUUCACGCCGGAUUGCUUCCAACAGUCGUGAGCCGACAUCAUAUGCUGGACUAUUGAGUGACGAUGAGGAUGAUGCUGAUUGGGCAGGGGGCUCUCUGCAGAAUGACCGACGCAAACGCAGGAUCAAAAAUAAUAACAAUCGCAAGCCAAAUAAACUACAUAAUGGUAACAACAGAAAUAACAACGGAAACCAAAAUGCAGAUGCAGAUGGUGGUGCCACCUACGAGACGAUGACAGCAAAUGAGAAGAAAAAUUUACUUCUCCAAAUAUGUGGAGUGGUAUCUGAGCAUACGAAAAAAUUGUGCACCAGAUCGACUCGUUGCCCCCAACAUACUGAGGAGCAGAGGCGGGCGUUGCGCACUAGCGUGCUGGAGCCGUCCACGCCGGAGGGGGCGGGCGCCGCGGGGGACGAGGCGGGCAGCCCCCCCGACUCCAGCCCCUCCUCCUCCUGCUCGUCCUCCAGCCGCAAGAGGGACAGACAUCGCGCCCCACCGAAGAUCAAGAACAAACGGGAGCGUAUAUCGCCCAAUUCGAGGGAAUGA